GUAAGCGCAAACUGCCCCUGGCGUCAGCAAUAUAUAUUUAAACGAGCGGUCGUGGAGAACGCCCAGACCAAACCGACAAAGUCAUCUCUUACAUGAAAUUGCGGUCUCCAGGAAGAAACAUGAUUUCCCCUACUACGAGCUUCUUCGUGUUGGGUGCGCUUGCCAAAGUCACCUCGGCCAAGACUACUACCUUCACCCAACCAGCCGCUGCUCCAACUGAUACGUCCACCUUCUACGUUGGUGCUUCCAAUGGCUCUCUUCCCCAAACUGCAACCGUGCCGGGUUUGGUAUUCGACCGCUUCAUCCAGAUCUGGUUGGAGAACACAGACUAUAGCGCUGCUGCUGCCCAACCCGCUUUCCAGACCCUCUCUCAGGAAGGUAUCACCCUUAGCGGGUACUACGCUCUGACCCACCCCAGCCAGCCGAACUACAUCGCUGCUGCCGGUGGCAGCUUUUGGGGUCUGGCUUCCGAUGACGAGGUGACGAUUCCUGCCAAUGUAUCGACCAUCGCGGAUCUCCUCGAUGCCAAGGGCAUCACCUGGGCCGAAUAUGAGGAGAACAUGCCUACGGAUGGCUACUUGGGAGACAGCUUUACGAACUCAGAUGGCUACACUUAUUACAUGCGCAAGCAUAGUCCGUUGGUCAGCUACGACACCGUGAACCAGAACCCGGCUAGGUUGGCUCGGCUUAGGAAUUUCAAUGACUUCGCGUAUGAUGUAGGAAACAACACACUCCCUCAGUGGUUCUUCGUCACGCCCAACAUGAAAGACGACGGACACGAUACCGGGGUUGCGUAUGCAUCCGACUGGUUGAACUACUGGCUCGUGCCUUUACUUCAAGAUACGAACUUCAAUACCCCGAGGACUCUCAUUUUGCUCACAUUUGAUGAAAAUGGCAACUAUGCUAUCAACAAUGAGAUCUACAGCAUCCUGCUCGGUGGUGCCGUUCCUUCGAACUUGAAGGGCACGGUCGAUAAUACAUUCUACACCCACUACUCCACCCUUUCCACUGUCCAGAAUAACUGGAGUCUCGAUAACCUCGGACAAGGAGACUGCAAUGCAACCCUCGCCAAUGUAUUCCAGUUCGUUGCGGAUGUGACUGGAUACAAGAACAACGGUAUGACGAACGGGACAAACCUUCCUCUGUUUAAUAUCACUGGAACGAUUCCUGGUCCGCUGAACCCUAGUUAUCCGGCUCCCUGGCCUACCCCUGAUACCAGCUGCAUUGGAGCUGGCGGCGGAGGAUUCUUCCGGUCCAAAUAGGCAACAGGACGGACAGUGUUGCUGCAACAGCGUCACUAUGGCGUGAUCAGCGGAAAUUCUACAUAAUACCGAAGUUUCUUUCAUUCCCAAGCUAGAAGUGCUCCUUUGAAUCUAGCGCUUUGUUUGUGUGCAGACAGCUGCGAUUAUCAAAAAACAAGUCAACGUGGUGAUGACACUGACCAUUGAAGCGUAACAGGUCUGAUCGCAACUUGCGAGAAUAACGUCACCACAGAGCUUAAACCUAAUAGGCAUCUGGGAAGCAGCUUCGCGAUGCGGCUGUUAACAGCUCUUUCGUACUAUCGCCUACCACACAGAUUGCCUCCCACUAGUUGGCCGUCACAAAAUG